UGAAAAAAGGUAGGCGAACGAGAGAGUAAAUCCGGUAAUUAACCACCGGCGAGACGGUUAUUUUAUUUCAUUCAUCAUAAAUAAAAACGAAUUGUAAGGAGCUAAAAUAUCGAUUAUUACAAUAGAGUUUAUAAAAAAAAAAGAAGAAUGCAUUAAAACUAAGAAUUAAAAAAUUUGAUGUCUAUUAUCAAUAAAAUUAAACUAUGAAAUUAUGAAUACAAGAAGUAAAGAAGUUAAGCAAACACGUCAGAGGACAAAAUUAAGGGAAAAAAAGCAUUUUAUUACAACAUCGAGAAAUACAUUAACAAAACCACCUUCUUCAAAUACUUAUAAGAAAACAAAAAAGUUAAAAUCACUCAAAUUAAAAUGUAAUCAACUGCAGAAAACAUCAAAAACUAAAACUGUUGCUGUAUCUAACAACAAUGAUGAUAUAUCUUCAAAAUUAAAAUCAUUCAUAACAAACAGAUCUACAGAAGAGAGAGAAAAUGUUAAUAAACAAAAGAUUGAGAAUAUUGAUAGGGGUAAUGAUAAAUGCUCAGGAUUUUAUUUAAGAUCAUCAAUUAUGCAAAAGUAUGGUAAAAUGACCUAUAAUUCAAUGGUGCCAAUGACAAAUAGUAAUACUUUAUUUCUGGAUGAUGAAAUGCAAAAGAAUGAGAAAAAUACUAAAUCAAAAAAGGAUAGUUUUGAAGUUUAUUCUUCAACCAAUUAUUGUAAUAAAAACUUUGAAUUUUUUGAAAUGCAGCAUUCAAAUAUCAUACAAAGAAUAGAUUCAUCUUCAUCCUGUGUAGAUAAAUCACCAACAUUCUGUGAUGAAAUAUCAACGUAUAAAGAAUGCAAUUUAGAUGUUACUCAUAAUUCUUUGUGCAAUAGAACUAAAAAUGGAAAAGAGAAAUUUGCAAGGCAUACUUCUGAAUUACCAUUCUCAAGUGAGAAAUCAAUUGAGUUAAAUUUGAAGAAUUCAUUUGAAUCCCUAGAAAGUGAUGAUAAAAUUAUAAAAAAUAAAAAUUUAUCUCGGUUUGCUGAUGAUAAACAGUUAAAAGAAAUAACAAAAGAUUCUUCUUUACCAUUAUUUUUAACUGGAACUGAUCAUGUGCAAUAUCCAUCUGAAGCAGAAACAGCCCCACAAACACCACAAGGAGAAAUAUUUUUAAGUGGAGUUGUUUCAAAAAUUCAAAGAAAAUUUGGUGAAGAGAAGGGUAUUGUAAGUUGUCAUUGGGUUUCACCAGAUGAUUUUCAUGUAAAAGCAUACUCUCUUGUAAAACAAAAUAUUUCUGAAAAUUGCGAAUGUAAUAGUAUCAAUUGUGAAAAUAUAAAUUAUUCUGUUGAAAAUGAAACCAAAUCUGAGAAUAUUCAAAUACAUUCAGUAAAUGACAACAAUAAUUCUUCAUCUACUGUUAGCAAAACUAAAAAACAUGGUGGUAGAAAAAGUGAAAUUGCACUUUUGCAUGAAUCUCUUAAGGAAAUUUCUUGGGCUAAAGAUUUAAAUCCUGCAUGCAUGCUUACUAAAGAAAGGAAACAUCGAAAUGUAAAAUUACAGAACUGCCUGUUAGAAAAAUCAAAUAAAAAUUCAAAAUUUCCAAAAAAGCAAAUAUCCAAACAGUCAAAUCAAAUUAUGAAAUUAAGUCAUUCAUAUAAAGAAGAAUUAAAUAAUCUUUCAUUAAAUAAAUAUAGUAAUACCAAAAAACAGUUUGGAUCUGACAAAAUGAUCAGUGAUUGUAAAUAUUCACCUUCUCAGAAUAAAAGCUUUAAAUUAAAUAUUCUUAAUCAUAGACAAUACAUUAAAAAAUGUCCAAAAAAACUCCAAAAAGAAAUAACAGUAAAUCAAUUAGCUACUAAAUCUAAAAAUAAAAGUAUUAAAUCAAAUUUGUGUUCUGUAAACAAAAAUGAAUCAAAAGCUUUGAAAAAUAAUAAUGAUAAGAACUUUGUUAAAAAUUCAAAUGAAACUCAGACAAUUCCAAAUAUUAGAAACUCAAAACAAAGGAAAAAAUUUUCUGAAAAUUUUAAAGGAUCGAGUAUUCAAACAAAACCCAAAAGUUUGAAAUCUCAAAGUGAUUUAAAAAGUAGUGCUGUUGAUCAGUGUCCUGAAUUAAGAGUUUCUCUUGAACCUUUAGAAGAAACCUGUUUAUGGGAAGCAAAAAGAAAACAAAGUAGAACCCCAUCAGAAGCAUAUAAAUUACUAAAAUUGAAAGAUGAACAAAAAUAUCAUAACUUGAAGACAACUUGGAAUGUACUAAGUUCACAACAAGUAUUUUCUAGUAGCAUUACUCAUAAUAUAUUUUCAUCUUUUUAUACUAAUGAAGAAUCAAGACACUCCCUACCAACAUUAAGAACUUCAAAACGCAGAAGGUAUGAAGAAGAGACAGUUAGAUAUAGUGUUCGUCAGAGUGAAUGUGCCUUUCGAUAUAAAGAAAUUGCUGUGAAAAAACAUCAAAAUUUUAUUCAAAUAAUACUUGUGCCAAACAGAAGUCGGCAUAAUUCUCUCACAGCUGAGGGUAUGAAAGAAAUGAAAGAAGCUUUGCUGUCAGCCUGUAAAGAUACUGGAUGUAGAGCUGUAUUAUUUAAUAGCAGUGGCAGCAUUUUUUGUUCAGGAAUUGAUCUAGUUCCACUACUUGGAUCUGGAAAAAAGCAAGUAGCUGAAGAAGUAGCAAAUGCUGUUAAAGAUUUGAUACAAACUAUGGGAGUAUUUCCUAAACCAUUAGUUGCUGCAGUGAAUGGUGGAGCUGUUGGAUUAGGUGUAACACUCUUAACAUUUUGUGAUGUGGUUUUAGCUAGUGACAAAGCAACAUUUUUCAUGCCUUAUGCCAAAUUAGGAUACAUUGCUGAAGGAGCAGCAACAUUAACAUUACCGCAAGUUAUUGGAGCCACAAUGGCAACUGAUUUGUUAUUAAGAGGAAGAAAGUUAACAGCUCAACAAGCAUUAAGAUGUGGAUUAGUUUCUGAAGUUUUAUGGCCAACUCAAUUAAUGGAGGAAGCUAUUCCCAGAAUGCAUGCUUUAGCUAAACAGUCUCUUUCAGUGAUGGAAGCUACCAAAUCCAUGAUACGUUGCCACUUAUGGGAGAAAUUACAGACCACACUAGAAAACGAAUCCCGUUCUCUACCUAAACAGUGGAUGUCUGCUUCCUGUCAACAGGCUAUUAAACAAGCUAUUGAAAGUGGUAUUUUAAUAGAAUGAAAUGAAAUCUCAAUUAGAAAAUACUCAUUUGUCUUCCUUAAACUUUUAAAACAUGGAUUUGAAUGCUAUUCUCUAAGUUUGAAAAAUUCUUAUGAAUAGCCAUGGCUCAUUGUUUGUUGUGCCUUCAGAAGAAUGUUACCUGCUUGAAAGGAAAUUGUUCAUGUAUGUUCCUAUAUGGCAUUUGUAUAUAAAUAUACAUAUAUAUAUUAUACAUCUUUUAUAUCAGGAUUCUUGGUUAAACAAUGUAAGUCCUUGUGUUUUAAAGUGUGAAUGUUCAGACUAUCAAGUGCACUUUCUGACAUAAAUUUUCUGCCAGCAUUUUAUAAAAUCAUUCAUGUUGUUACAUCUCCAUAUUUCAUAUGUUAUAUUCUUAACAUUUGUAUUACAAUUAAUUUGAAAUAGAUUAUUGUCUUCAUAUAUUUGUCUUCUGAUUAUAAAUUUGACAAUAGAAUAUAUUUCAUACUUUUAUUUUAUUUAUAUUUGUGUAAAUUGUAUUUAAUUGUUGAACUAUAAAUUUCAUCUUGUUAUAGAAACAUAUCAUAUAUAUAUAUUGCAAAAGUAUUAGUUUUACACUGUUUUAAUGAGCAUAAUAAACUUGUUCUGAAGAAAUUUUAUUGCAACAUUAAUAGAAAUUUGAAUGUCUUCAUAUCAACAAAAUUUUAUAAAUUGAAAAUAAUUUUUCAGUAAGAAAUAUGAAUUUUCAGCUAUAAAUAAUUUUACUUUAUCAAAAUUAAGCUUUAUUUUUAUAUCUUUUAGCAACAAAAUAAACAUUCGUUAGGUGUUAAAAAUAUUUUAAUUUUUGACAGCUGCUUGCCUGAAUAUUAGAUAAUAUUAACCAUAGUAUACUGUACUAGUGUAUCGAUUAUGGAAAAACCUACUAAAAAGCAUGAAGAUAAUUAACAUAAUAUUCUGCAUGAUGGCCUAUAAAUAUUAUUUUUACAAAAUAUAGUUGUUAUUUAAUAAUAUUUAUUUAAACUAUUAAUUUACAUAACAUAGUACUGUACUAAGAAAUAUCAAUAUUAGUGUGAUUCAUUGUGUUUUUCAACUUAUAAAUCUAAUAUUUUGACAAAAACAAUAAUUUCAUUUUUCAAUUCUUAUGUUGUUUUCAAAUGUUUUAAAACGUUUUUAUUGUGAUAUGACUAUUAAAAGAGUAUUUGAUAUUCAUAUAAACAAUGAUUAAACAAAAAUAUUUUCAUAAUAUCUCAACAAGUGUAAUUAAUAUACCCAGUGUAAUUUUUCUAUGCUGGUUUUUUGUCUAUGUUAUGAAGUGUAAUAUGACUUUUAAAAAUAUCUUUAUAUAAAUUCAUGGAGUUUUAAUAAACUUGUUAUUGGCAUAA